CCUAUGACAAGUGCCGUCCUUCAUCGAGAUACCCGCUUUGUUCCCAAGAAGGCUGUUGGCGGAAAGGGCAGCUACCUUCUCCUUGAAGAUGGCACCAAGUUCCUCGACUCGACGGGCGGCGCAGCCGUUUCAUGUUUGGGCCAUGGCCACGAGAAAAUUAUCCAAGCGAUCACCGAGCAGUUCACAAAGGUCGAGUAUUGCCAUACUGCUUUUUUUGGAACAGAGGCUUCUGAAAAUCUGGCCAGUUUACUUGUUGACUCGACUGGUGGAAAACUGUCCAAGUUGUUCGUUGUGAGCUCCGGCUCAGAAGCUGUCGAAGCAGCACUCAAGCUCGCUCGUCAAUACUUCCUCGAACUGCCAACACCCCAACCUCAACGAACACGAUUCAUCGCCCGCAAGCCUUCCUACCACGGCACCACUUUAGGAGCCCUAGGAGUCGGCGGCCAUGCCCUCCGCCGCCAACCCUUCGAGCCAAUCCUAUCCCAAAACGUCUCGCAUGUUUCACCAUGUUAUGCGUACAGAGGGAAGAACGAUGGCGAGUCAGACGCGGACUACGUCGCCCGACUCGCAGGCGAGCUUGACGCAGAGUUCCGACGAGUCGGUCCAGAUACUGUCUGCGCAUUCAUCGCGGAGCCAAUUGUUGGCGCGGCCCUAGGCUGCGUCCCCGCCGUACCAGGCUACUUCGCCGCCAUGAAGACCAUCUGCGAGAAACACGGCGCCCUUUUCAUACUCGAUGAAAUCAUGUGCGGUAUGGGUCGCUGCGGCACUCUGCAUGCCUGGGAACAAGAAGACGUCACCCCAGAUCUCCAGACAAUCGGUAAAGCGCUGGGAGGAGGAUACGCACCUGUCUCGGGACUCCUAAUCUCGGAUAAGGUCGUGCAGACUGUUGACAAAGGCACUGGGGCGUUUCGCCAUGGCCAGACGUACCAGGGACAUCCGAUAUCUUGUGCGGCUGCGUUGGCAGUGCAGACGGUUAUUGUGGAAGAACAGUUGCUCGACAAUGUAAAGUCUAUGGGUGAGUAUCUGGAAAAGAGGCUGAGAGGUACUUUAGAAGGGAUGCAGUAUGUUGGGGAUAUUAGGGGAAAGGGAUUGUUUUGGGGGGUCGAGUUUGUCAAGAACAAAGCUACGAAGGAGCCCUUUAGCUCAGAGACUGCACUAGCCUUCAAGAUCCAGGAGACAGGUAUGAAACCUGAAUUCGGGAUCUCGUUGUAUGCUGGCACAGGCACUGUAAAUGGGACGCGCGGCGACCACAUUAUCCUGGCGCCCGCUUAUAAUGUUACGAAGGAGGAGAUAGAUAUUAUCGUUGACACAACUGCGAAAGUCCUUGCUGAGGUUUUUGCGCAGCUUUAG